GACUUAACUUGGCGGUAUGACCCUCGGUAAUCAUGCCACUUACUGUCUAUAAAUGGGACGGCUAUUUGGGCUUCAGUCGUGGUCACGUGUCCAUUGCACUGAGCGACGGAACGUACAUCAGCUGGUGGCCUGAGGGGCGAACUAAAAAGAUCUUCUGCAAGCCAGUUGUUGCAAAGGAACAUGUUCACACCACUCUACAGAGCGAUACAGCCCAGUUCCACCGGAAACCGGAUAUAUGUAUUCAACUGGACACGACAUUGGAACAUGAUAAACAAAUAAAAGACUGGUGGACCGUGUUAAGAGCAGAAUCAAGAUACGAUCUCUUUUUCCACAAUUGUGCCACUGUUGUGUAUAAAGCUUUGCAAACAUGCUAUGACGUCAAAGCACUUUAUACCUUGAAGGAAGUAUGCACACCAGACGACAUAGAGAACAUCAGUAAAAUAAUUUAUCAGAACGAGGUGCCACUGAUAGAAUUAGAUGCCACGGAAACCAAACAGGCGGGCUUUUCCGAUUCUAUCAAAAGUUACGUCGAAGUACUGAAGCGCUCUGGUUCGGAAUACCAAAGCCUUGAGGUUGAAACGGAACCAAAGAAAAGCUUGAAAAGCGUUCUGAAGCGCAUGUGUUGUUGUUAUUGGUUUGGUCCCAGAAAAAUGUGUGUUUUGCGGCAACCGUAAGUUAGUAUUCAAGACCAUGUUGUUUGAUUACUAUUAUUUAGCAUUCAGUUUUAAUAUAUCUUUAAUACAUAUUUUACUAUAUUUAGUAAACUGUUUGUACGUCGGAAUUAUCGCUCCACAAAUUUCACGCGAGCGCUUUUAACGUCGUAGAACAGAACAGA